AUACGCCCCUGCCUUUACCCCGACAGUAUCGUUCUCAUUUCUGAGGAAGGUUUUCUUGAAGAGGCAGAGACUGACGGUACUUUUAGAUUGGCAAACAGCAGUUACUGCACUACUUUUGUUGUCCAAGGACAAUCCUGUGAUGUACCUCCUUUACCUCCACCAAUUGCGUCUACCCCGCUGACUCACCAGUCGAGUAGCAGCAGUUCAAGCAAUCAUGGUGGUAAAAGAAAGUUCGGGACGAAUUCAUUCAAGCCUAAACUGUCUCUUAAAGGUUCUAGAGCUCCUCCUGGUACAUUAAAGAAUGAGUCGUGGAGAAAAAACGUGGAGAUAUGCUCUGUAUCAGAAGGGAAAGCAAAGAAAACCUGCAACCACCCAGUAACUUUGACACCUGCUACGGCUUGCAUAGAAGCAGUGAGCAACAUUGUCUCUGUAGAGGCUUUUGAGGGUAAUGACGUAGUUCUCUUAGACAAAGAUAACCUGAGGAUUCCUGAUAACAAGACGACACGAAGCAGUGAGUAUUGGAGAGCAGCACUAUUAGUGAAGGCAGUGUCACGAAAAGAUUACCGUUUUCUUUCUGCAAAUGACCAAACCAUUAGUGAUGAUGACGAUGAUUUUGUGGAAACUAGCUUCUAUAAACCAUCUAAAAAAUCAAAAUCUGAUCUAUCUCCCGGACCAUCUAGUUCAUCAUGUCCGAUCGUAUUACCGCCUGGGAUACCAAGUGAUUUAGAGAAAAGAAUCUCAAGUCUGGAGAGCCUGAUAAAAGUGAAGAAAGAAGGAGGACAAGAAUAUAAGAAGAUUGUGGACGUUGUUUGUGCUAAUCUCCUUUGCCUCAUAUGUAAGGAGAGGAUAUCAAUAGAUUGUGUGAUCAUGACCUGUUGCAAGACUCUUGGUUGCUGUCAAACAUGUUUUGACAAUUGGAUAAGAGAGAGUGAAACGUGUCCACAUUGCCGCUUGCCAGUAACGGACGAAACACAUAAGAAGCUGCCUUAUUCUAACCAGUUUAAACUGAUCAUUGAAGCAAUGGGAAAUAUCAAUUCAAGCUCUAGCAAUGAAGUCAUCGAACUUAAUUGAUUAACUACUAUGGACUAACUUCCUAAUGACUCCUUUGUGUAAAUUUGCUAAAAUGUUAUUCAAUCAUGACACUGUAUUCAAUUAUUGUCUGGUUCACAUUUAUCAGGUAUUUUGCUAAA